AUGCUUAGAUCAUGUCGGAGCAGCGUUUCUUUCAUCUAUAUUAUUAUUUUAAUUAUGACAUUUGAUAAUUAUUAUAAAAAUAUUCGUUGUACAAUAUGUUACUCAUUGCUAUCUAUAAAACGUAGUGGAAAAUGUAUAAAAUCUGAUACAAUUGAACGUUUAUGUUUAAAACAAAAACAUAAAUUAAUAACAUCAGAAAAAUCAAAAUUUUUUCGUUUAUGGACAAAAAAUACUCAAUUAAGUUUAACAAAUAGAAAUUCAACAACAACAUUUGUCUGUUAUCGUUGUUGUGAAACGUUAAAACGUUUAGAACAAAUUCAAUUAGAAUAUUCAAAAUUAAAUUAUGAACGACAUGUAUUACUUAAAAAUUUAGAAUAUAAUUUACAAAAGAGAGUUAAUAUUAUACAAGCACAAUUUUAUCAUCACCAGGUAUCAUCAGUCAAGCGUCAUACAAUAGAACAUGAAAAUAAAUCAUUUGAAAAUAUCAAUAACAAGCAUCAUGAUUUAACAACAACUCAACCGAAGAUUGAGAAUUCAACAUCAUCGUUAGUUGGAGCAAAACGACGAAAAUGUAAAAUAACAUACUUUAAAUCAACAUUACCAACAAUGAAUUGCUCACAAUAUUCGCACUGUGAAUCAUCAUCAUCGUCAUCUAAAAAAAAUCAUAAUUUCACAUAUGGUUCGUGUUCAGAUCCGUUCAACAAUCAACCAUUAAGUGCUUCGUCUACUGACAAUGAUCAUGAUCAACAAUAUCAACAAUCAUUUUCAUCAUCAAAUAAUAAUGGUAAUGGUUUACAUAAAUCUCUCAAUUUUUCUGCUCAAUCAUCGUCUGCUCAAUUUCUCGAUACCGGUGCUCUAAUUGCUAUUGUUUCGACUCCAAUGGGAACUAUGCCAACAAUUUUAUCAAAUCCAUUUAAUAUCAAACCCACUCCUCCGUCUCAUCGACCGUUAAAAACGUUAACAUCAAAUAAUAAAACAACAGCAUCAACAAUAUCAGAUUGUGUGGAUCAAAAAGAGCCGACAAUAUCAUCAUCAUCUUUUUCUAGCCUAAAAAAGUUUCCCUGUUUACAAUGCGGUCGUGAUUUUUCGAAUAAAUCAAAUUUGAAUCGUCAUCAUAGUAUUGUACACGUUGCUAUUCGUAGUUUUGAAUGUUUGAGAUGUCCAAAAAAGUUUAAAUUACGACAAGGUCUCAAAACUCAUAUGCAACGAUGUCACGGGGUCAACUCUUACACGAAACUACCAUGGGUAUUUUAUCAUAACAAUGAUAAUGGUAUAUUACAUAUGCAUUUAUUAGAAGUACUUGAUUAUGUUGAUUAUGUAAUACAAAAAUGUUAUCAAUUAUACAAGAGAUCAGUCACCGUCACUACUGUAGGCUAUUUUAAAUGUGUAACUGGUAGUAGGAGAUAA